AACAAUCAUAAAUUUUAUUUAUUUGUAAAGGUGGAAUUUAGAAUUUAGUUUUGUGAUAAAAACUAAAAGAACUAGCAUAGAACUAGUUCUAAGCAGAAUGUCAGACGAAGAUAUCGAGAAAUGGAUAAAAGAUGGCCGCAACAAAGAUUUACAGGUGUCAACGAGCUGCUCGAGUUUCGAGGUGCUGGACCCGCACGACCCGGUUAUCAGCCGCCUCGCCACGCAGCUCUUCAAGCGCACCAAUGACUACCUACAGGGAGAAAUGUCUGCGGGCCAGGACCACUACCAUCUGCUGGAGCAGAUCAACCGCCUCACAAUAACCAAGUACGCUGAUCUCCGUAACCUGGCGGUGAACCUGAGCAAAACACUCAAUGAGUAUAAUGAAAUGUACAACACCCAGAUCCGGCCGCUGCUGCAGCAGAUAGACGCCAUCGACGCACAGGUAUCCAGGUUCGAAACCAGCGCGUACCGUCUCGACGCUUACACUAAGCAGCUCAAACAGCGUUUCAAGGAAAUCGAGGACAAGUAGCCAGAAAAUAGACCUCCACUAACGAGCAGCUGCCAGGCGCAUGUAGCAAGCGAACUGGUUUAAUUGCUGAUGUGAUGUCGGAAAGUUUCCAAUAUGGCGAAAUUUUCACAUUGAAAAGUUUCAGAAACUAGUCAUAUUUUCGUAUUCCGGAGAUGGAAAUUUUUCGUUACCAAAAUGAAAGUUUCCUUUGAAAUUAUCUUGAAAUUUCCGAGAGCUUUUGCAACUUUUUUGAAAGUUUCGGCAUCUUGCACAUCCGUUCCGUAAGUCUAAUUAUGUUGCUUUUGAAAUAGUUGACUAUUUUCAGCUAACCGUCUAGAAACUAGAACAAACACCGCAUUAUAAAGCGUUUAUGAAGAGCAAGUUAUAAUAGUGCAAAUGCGAUUUUACUUAUAAAAUGUGGCGGAUUUGCCUUUUUCUAUUAGAUUUGGCUUCAAGGUCUGGUAUCCAGGGCAUUAAAAAAACAAAAAUUUGAUACAAUUCCACGGAUUGACAGGGCGAGCUAUGCUGGCGCCAUCUGCUAAUUAUUUCGACCGGCCAACCUUAUUAUUCUAUUUUGUUAUAUAUCUCGGAAACUAUGCGUCUUAGUGACACGAUCAUUGCUUUUUUUUCUUUUUUUUUAAUCUGGUUUUUAUAAAAGUUGCUUUGUAUGACGAGGUGACUAAAUGUCAUCUUCAAGCAAAAGGUGCCACAUUGUCGCUCGCCAUAAAGACGCUCUGACAGAUUAUUCGUAUAAAGAUACUAGCAAAUUUCGCCCUUAUGGUAAGCGACAAUGUGGUACCUUUUAUUUGAAAAUGUCACAAAUAAACACGCCGUAUUUGAAUGAAAUGUACUAUUAGUAUAUUGUGGCGACGAGCUAAUAUUACCUAAUGUAUUUGUGACCAUCGGUGGAUAGGAGUCGCCAUCAGAUAUAUC